AUGGCGGGUGUACCUCCGCCGCCGUACCCCCUCGAGCCGACGAUCGCCGGCACUCCCGCCGCCCCCGCCGCCCCCACCGGCCGUCUUCGACUCCCCCCACCGCUGCCGCCGGUCCGCGGCGCUCCGACGGCCCCCACGCCGGGGCUCCUCCCGACGCCCAACCGCCCGCCGAUGGGUCGACUCGCCCCGCUGCAGCGUUCGAGCGACACAUCCGACGGGCAAGACGCCCCCAAACGAUCCCCGUCCCCGCGCAUGGCCGCAAACGGCAUGACACCGCAAUCAGUCGAUCAGGGCUCCGUGCUCGCUAGUGCAAACGAGAACGCCAGCGUCUUUGAGAGUAACGGUGACGGUCCAACACCAGCAAGGCAACGUCAACAACAACAACAGCAGGGGGUAAAGAAAUCGGUAGAACGGCUAGGUACCCCAUCAGGGAAGACGCGCAAGCUUAUAACCCCAGUUGUGGGAAGUCAUCGUGAUGCAGAGUUUCGAGAUCCAGAUUUAGAUGAUCAAAAUGUGGAGCAACUCUGUCCUUUACAGGUACAAACACGUCCUGUGGAACGUUUUUUUGUAGAAUAUAAACCGAAAGAAGGAGAUAAUGAUAAGAGGAAUAAUAUUGAAAUGGAUGAAAAUGAUAUUCUUUUCGAUCGUUUAGCAGAAUACACCGAUGAUGAUUCUUUCUUCUCAUCUGGUUCUUCAGUACUUGAACAAGAUCCACGCCGAUUGCAAAAGGAUCCACUUCGUGGUCCUGCAGUUCGUUCUGUGUAUGAUACACUUAACUUACGCUCUUUAACCUCUGGAAGAAUGCCUCAAGUUAUAGAAGAUGAGGAAAUAGAUAAUGCAGGUUGGAUGUAUCAAGUUCAUCAACGCGCUAUUGCGUUGCAUCACUCCUCUUUUUUUAUAUUUCCACCAUGUAUGACAGCACGUGUUGUGGUAUAUAAUGUAAUGCAUCAUUGGUUAACGGAACUUUUGCUUAUUUUUAUAAUUCUUGGAUAUUCAAUUUUUACAGCAUCAUGGGCAAGAUAUCAAGAUCCAGAAUUAGAGAAACCUGAUUUUAUGAUUUUUGCAGAUGUCUUUUACACUGUUAUUUAUGGUAUUGAACUUGUAAUGCGUCUUUUUGCCUCAGGAUUUAUUCUUCAUCAACGUGCAUUCUUUCGUUCACCAUGGCAUUGGCUUGAUACUGCUGUAUUUGUUCUUAUGGUGAUGAAUUGUACAGGAUGGAAAUAUUUAUGGAAUUUUACAGCGUUUCGUCUUAUUAGAGUAAUUAAAGCGUGUACAUAUAUUCCUAUGCCUGUGCGAAUGAAGUUACUUGCCAAAUCACUCUUACGUUCCACAAAUAAAUUAAUUCAAGUUUCUCUUAUUCUCAUAUAUGCAUUGUUUUUCUUUGCAUUAAUUGGUUUACAAUUAUUUCGUGGGGCAUUACAUCAUCGUUGUGUAAAUUCAGUAACUGGUGGAAUUACAAACCAAAUCUGUCAUCCAGGAACUGGAGAAAGUCAUUGGUUUUAUUGGGGACAUGUUUGUCAAGCAGGAUAUACAUGCGUGGAAGAUGUUGCUCCGAAUCCCCAUUACGAUUUUCAAAACUUUGAUAAUGUGGGACAUGCAUUACUAUCAACGUUUCAAAUUAUGACUUUUCAAGGAUGGACUGGUCUUCUUCAAGAGACAAAUGAUGCUGUUACAGUAUUGGUAAUACUCUAUUAUGCCUUUACGAUACUGUUUUGUGCAUGGUUUAUCCCUAGUCUUUACGUUGGUGUUUUUAUUGAGAAAAUUGAAAAGACCAGUCGACUCUUUAUACAAAAACAAUUACAACUUUUUGAUAGUAUGCUUCAAGAGCAACGACAACGUCUAAAUGCAGGAAUAAAAUUACGUGACUUUGUAGAACGUGACGAAAAUGGAAAUUUACGACAUAACCCAUUAGAUAUUAAUCGUAAUGACAAAACCAAUUCACUUCAGAGAAUUAAUUCAGAUCGUGGUAAUAGUGAUUCUGGUGAGAAAGGAUCCAUGCGUUCUGUAAGUACGGAUCGGGAUACUCCAAGUUCUAGUAACUAUGGUAGUUCUGUGAUGAAACGAACCAAAUGGACAGAUGAACAACGUGUACAACUUCAUCUUUCUCUUACACGUCAACGUGAACUUGCCGAACAAUCUGAGCGAAAAAGACGUGCGAUUUUUAAAGUUAACAAGAAUUUUUCCAAUAGUUCAAAUCCUUUAGGUGGUAAUAAAGUAACUUCUCAACAUGUGACUGUAACUGGAGCAGGAGGAGGUGACUUUGAACUUGGUGGACGUGUUGGAACUGUGCAGCAUCACCCACUUACAUACACCAUUGGUGCCGCUCAUGGCACAAGUGCACCUCUUGCGGUCCGUCUUGAAAAUGAACAAGAACGUUUAAGGUUCUUAAAGUAUUAUCAAGAUCUUGCAGAAGGUGAAAUUGCAAAUAUUACAAACACUGAUGGAUAUAAUACACGACCAAACUUGAUUGAAAACGGUAAUGUCAAUGGUAGUGUUUCACGUCCACCAUUGGGAAAUUCAGCACGUCAUGGUAUAUCUCAUGCAGAAGAAGUUCCAGGUGGUAUUCUCGCUACACGAGAAUCUGCUGGUGUUAUUCCAACCCGUCGUUCAGCACAACGUCCAAUCAGUGCAGGUGCUGGAUCUACCGCCGCUCGUGAGAGUAAUACACCAUCGGCAAUGCACAACUCCGUGGUGGUUGCACCUCAACAAGAAGUACUUAUUAAUGAUCCUGAAGGAGGAGAUUUUAGGUAUGCCAGAACAUUUGCUCAACGGUGGUUGAUUAUACGAAAUAUUUUACAUAUGUUUACUGAAGGUUACCCACUUAUUCUUGCACAAUAUUUGUGGGAACAUAAACGUAUGCAAAGACGUUUUGGUUUAACUCCACUAAAUUAUGUAAAUAAAUAUGAAGAAGCAGCAUUGCGUAAAUUGCGACAACGACGCACACGUAAAUCACGUAAUAUUCGUCGAAGUGAAGAAAGUGAUGAAUUUGAUGAUGACAAUUUUAGCGAAACUGAAGCUAUACCAAAUACUAAAAAGGAUGAUACUGAACCAAGUGAUCUUUCUCCUAUACGUAUGGCAAAAAAUAUUGUUGAAAAUGCUCCUAUUACAUUAUUUACUGGUAUAAUGCUUUUCUUCGUAUUUGCUAAUGGAGUAUUUAACGCAUCUCGACAUUAUGGACAACCUGAUUACUGGUAUGAUGGUCUUUUUUAUGCAGGUGUCUGUUUUAACGCUUUAUUUUUUCUCGAACUUGUCAUUCGUUUCAUCGCAGUAGGACCUGGUCCUUUUAUAUGGGAUUUUUUUAACGUCCUCUCUCUCAUCGUUAUUAUUAUUGGAUUUUUUGAGUUGGGUUUUGGUAGAUCAAAUACUAUUACAUUACUCAAUUGGGUAAGAUUUUUACGAGUAUUCCGUGUAGCACCAUUUACACCAAUGCGUCGAGUUUCAAGAGUGUUACUUCUAGGAUUUCAAGAUAUUGUAUAUGCCUUGGUUUUCUUUUCAGUUUAUAUGUUUAUGUGGAUUCUUAUUGGUAUGAGUUUCUUUGGAGGACGUAUAGAUAAACUUGAUCGAACGAAUGAUGACUACAGUACACGUGGAAAUUUUGAUACAUUUUCUCAGGCUACAUUUGCUGUUUCUCAGGGAUUUUCUUAUGUCCGUGAUGAAUGGUUAUAUAUGUCAUGGGAUGGAAUGCGAGCACGUGGUGGAUAUACCAUUAUGUAUUUCCUUGCUGUAGUUGGAGUGGCUUUCAUAUUCCGUUAUCUAUUUAUUUCUGUUUUUACAUGGGCAUGGCAAUGUGAAGAAGAACGUGAUGAUUAUGUUCAACUUACAACAGGACGUGGAAGAAGAGGUGGUCCACAGUUACGUUGGUUUGAUUUUACAGUUUGGCGCUCUUUUAAACAUAUUCAUGGUGGAUUUGAACGUCGAGAUGUGGCACCAGAUGAGGUAUUUCACUUAAAUCAAGAUAUGCGACGUCAACUUCGUAUUGCAGAAGCGAAAGAACGUUUUUCUCGACGAGCUAUUUUAUCACGUGGACCAUCUGUAGAUCAACGACAACUUUCUGUAAGCAGUGUUAAUGCAACUCCAGCUCUUAACAAUUAUAAAAUGUCUACAGGUCCUCCACAACCAUCAGUAGUUUUGGUUCCACGAUUUGUAAAUGUUGGAGGACAAAUUCAAAGACAAAUGAGUAUGCCAAUUGAAUUUGAUGAAUCUGAACGACCUCCUAUAAACGCACCUAUAUCUCAAUUUCAAGCUGAAAAUGCCCAAUUACGCUUUGCACGACGUUAUAGUGCUGUUCCUGCAAAUGUGAAUAUUCAAGCAUCUUAUGAUGAUCGUACAGGUUCACAAACACCACCUCGUAUGCAAUCACCUUCUUAUAUGGCAUCACAUGAAGAUACUGUUUCUGCUGUUGACACAGAUGCUCAAUUGGAUGACUUUCAACAGUUUGGUACUGCAGGACGAUAUUCAAGUUCAGCUAGAGCACGUGGAAGUUCCAGUAAUACUCAAUUACAACGUCGUCCUAGUGUGACGGGUCACUUUACUACUUUGGGUUAUGAACGUCCGUCCAUAAAGAAAGAAGGAGGUACAAAAGAAAAUGGUCAUAAACCAGGAGAAAAGGUAGAAGAAGAACAUUAUGAAAGUGAUAUCACUGGAGGUGAAAUGGUUUAUGAACAUAUACUUCUUCCUGGACCUCGUUUACGUUAUAAACACGUAAUGGUAGGCCGUCAACGUCGUGUUUUUGAACGUUGUCUUGAUUGUAAUACACAUAAACAAAUGCCAUUACGUGCUCCACCAAAUGUAUUACAACGUACUGCGGAUGAAUUACAUGCAGAACACUGUCAUAUGGCUGCUGUACGUAGUUCUCGACAAUUGGUUCUAAACGCUAUAUUGGGAUAUGUACGUUUACAGAAAGAAUUGGGUGGUCCUCCUACACGAGAAACCGUUGAAACAGUACUUGGACAAGCAUGGAGUUGUGGUAUGUUACUUUUUGAAACUAUUGAAUAUCUUUCCUGUGCAGAUAUAGAAUUAAGAGAAUUUCGAACAUGGGAUAGGACAUUAGAAGCUUUACAAUUACAACAAUGGCUUAUUGGUUUACAUGUGGGAGAAGAACAAGUGGGUCGUGCAACUCUUGCAUAUAUUCUUGCACAUAAAGAAACACAAGAACGUGCCGUUUCAAAUAAAUAUUUUCAACGUUCAUGGCGUAACAGAUCAUUUUUUGUUCUUUCUCCCAGUAAUCCAUUUCGUCAAUUUGUUACAAAAGUGGUACAGUCUGCAUGGUUUGAAUGGUUUAUUUUGGCUGUCAUAUUUGCUGCAUCUAUUUGUCUCUGCUUCUAUAAUCCACAAUUGACGAAUUUCUUGGGUGGUAAAUAUACUGCAUUACAUGUAUUGGAUGAUAUUUUUGCCAUCAUAUUUGCAGUGGAAAUGGUACUAAAAUGGAUUAGUAUGGGUGUUGUUCUUGAUUUACAUGUUGCCUAUUUCUGGCAUCGAUGGAAUAUCUUUGAUUGUUUUAUCACCAUUGUUUCACUCUUAGCUAUUGCACCUGCUUAUGAUCAUUUCCGAUAUUUAAAAGUUAUGCGAUGUUUCCGUAUUCUUGGACCUCUUAGACACUGUACAUUUAAUAAAGAACUUUCAAAACUUGCCGUAACAAUGUGGGAUUGUAUACCAACAUUAGCAAAUGUACUUUUAUUGUGUCUUCUUAACUAUAUAGUAUGGUGUAUUAUUGCAGUUCGACUCUUUAUGGAUCAAACACAUAGUUGCAGUAAUGAAACUAUUAUCAAUGGUACUCUUUGUGUAGAAGAAGGAGGAUCAUGGGAUGCACCACAGCGUAAUUUUGAUAAUUUUUAUGAGAGUUUAUUAACCAUGUUUGAGGUAAGUACAGGAUCUAAAUGGUUAGACGUUAUUUACACUGGAGUAGAUGCUUGGUCAGAAAAUUUUGCACCUAUUGCAAAUCGUCAUCCUGCUAAAGGUCUAUUCUUUAUUGCCUACUAUUAUGUUUCAAAUCUUGUACUCUUUUCACUAUUUGUUGCAUCUAUGAUUUAUUGUUAUUUGUUGACAAAGAAUGCAGCAGAAGGAGCUAUGGGUAUUACAUUUGAACAUCAAUUAUGGAUUCGAAUGCAACGUAUGAUAUUACGACUUAAACCACGUGUACAACUUGUACCACUUGGUAAUAUUAUAUCACGUUUCCUUCAUCGUGUUGUAACCCAUGUUGUGUUUGAAGUAGUAAUGGCAUGUAUACUUUUCUUUAAUCUUAUUACCAUGUCACUUUACUGGUAUGGUAAUAGUUCAAAACAAGAGGAUGCUUUGGAUGCUCUUCAAUAUGUAUGGGUUGCUUUCUUUACAGUAGAAUUGAUUUUAAGAUUAGCAGCACAUGGUAUACGAGCAUUUUCACGUUGGUCUUUCUGUUUUGAUUUAUUUGUAACAUGUCUUUCAUAUGUUCAAAUUGGUGUAAACACUACUGAUAACCACAAGGUACCAUUCAAUGUUAACGUUCUUCGUCUACUCAAUUUGGGUCGUUUAUUAAAACUUGUAGAUGUUUUUGUACCUGUAAAAAAUAAUUUGCGUUUAUUAUAUCAGGUUCUAAUUCUAUCUGCAUCAGCUCUUGUAAAUGUAACAUUAAUUUUACUUCUCGCGGUAUUUGUUUUUACAAUACUUGGUAUGCAUUUUAUUGGACGUGUGCAUCCUGUGGUCAAUGGUUACAUUGACGAUACAUACAAUAAUUUCAUGACUUUUCCUAAUGCACUUAUCAUGACCUUUCGUCUGACUACACUUGAAAACUGGGUUUCCAUGCUACGCUCAAGUGUAGCGGAUGGUACUAUUUGUGAACUGGACGAUUGCCGAACAUCCAAUUGGGCGCCUGUUUAUUAUGUCCCUAUUGUCAUUUGUUUUGCUCUCAUGAUUGUUACUCUCUACAUUGCGGUGGUAGUGGAUCACUACGUCACGGUGGUGCGAAUGCACGCGAGUGUCUCCCGCAUUCAAGACCUCCGCCGCUUCCGGGCGUUGUGGUCGGCGCGGGACCCGAACGCCAAACUCGUCCUGCGCACCCGACAACUCCCCGAACUGCUCGAGGCGCUGCGGCCGCCACUCGGCCUCAGUUCGCGUCACAACCGCGUGGAACUGCUGCGCUUACUGCGGGAGUACGACAUCCCCGACCACGGCGGACGGGUGCACUACGAUGAGGUGCUGGUCCCACUCGCCCGCCGCGUGCUCGCCAUGGCGUUUAGUGAAGAUGAGGUGGAUGACGGGGCAACAUUUGAGGCUCUCUGGCGUUUAUCAGAGAGUUCCCUCCGGGCGCUGCCAACUGUUUUGGGUAAUCGCAGCGACGCCACUACUGCACAGUACUUUGCAGUGAGUUAUGUACAGGCCGCCUAUAGACGUAGGAAAGCCUGUCGCCAGAUGCAACAAGCACGGGCCGAUCUAUGGCGUAAGGGCCGUAAUGUGUGUGAUGAACUCGGUUUACCAUACAAGGAUUAUGGAUUUGGAAAAACAUCACUUUUCGUGGAUGAGAAACAGAAAUCAAAGUCUGCUUCUCCCUCUACUGGUUAUAAAGAUGAUGUGGAUAAGGAGGAUUCAACACCUGCUCCUCGGGCCUCAUCUCCCAUGACACCCAGUGAAAAUAAUAGCAGUACACCUCCUGCUGCUCGACUUCCUGGAGUGUAUCAACCCGCUAUUGAUGAAAAGGAAAGACGAUUUGGACCAGAUGUACCAAAUGCGGUUAGGCGUCACGAAACACGUUCAGAAAAACUUCGUCGCAAAGAGGAAGAACGUCAGCAACAGCAGCAAAUGCAACAGCCACAGGGAGAUAACACCCCAACGGCACACUCCGCUCCUCGUUCCUCUUCACUGCGCCUACACAGCACCGAAUACCAACCGCCGCUAGGUACAGAUCCGAGUAGUUGGCUUAAUAGCGAAAUGAGUCGCCACAUGAGCGGAUCAGGAUCCCCCGCUAACACGUCAUCUAAUGCCGCUAAUGUGUUGCCUAACCCACAGGGAACGCCACCACCAGAAUAG